UCAUGUAACACAUUAACUGCAUUAAACAAUGUAUUGACAGGCUAUUGUUAGUUUCAUUUUCAAUGUAAAAAGAAAGACAUAUACACAUAUAUGUAUCAGCCUAUACUAACGCUGGAAGAUUUUAAAUAAAACGUCUGGAAAAUAAUCGUUAUUAAAACAAAGAUGCUGGCUCUUACAGUUCAAAGCAAUUCAUACGUGGUUAAAGAUGAAAAAAGUCCUUUAUCUUUGUACCAGUCUUCUCCUUGUUCCACCCUCACAGUUCAUUCGAUUGCCAUAUUAGGUAUAUAAUGAAAGUCCACUGGGAGGGUGCCGAGGGCCUCCUGUAGCUUUGUAACUCGCCCGUAGUGUCAGCCAAUAGGAGAAAAGUGAUAAAUCUGAUGCUCACUAUAAAAAGGUGAAGCAUCACGACAGUCAGCCACCUGAAAAGAUCUACUCUUGAUCAGAGGGACCAUGAAGUGGCUCUGCUUUGCCCUGGUUUUUGUGCUCGCUGGUGUUGCAUCAGGCGCCAUUGAGAAGAGGAUUGUUGGGGGUACAUCCUGUGACAAGAACAGGCAGUACCAUGUCCAGAUUGAGACUUUACAGGGCGGGAAGUUCUGUGGAGGCUCUCUGCUCAACACCCGCUGGAUCAUCACUGCUUCUCACUGUGCAGAACAACGUGUGAAAGUGAAGAUUGGCUCAAACAAUGACGUCUCAUUUUUUAAAAAAGCAUGGUCUUUCUUGAAAGGAUCAUCCAAAAAACUUCAGCAAGAAAUUAAUAUUGACCAACAGUUUACCUUCAAGGAUGAGGAGGAGCAUGUCCAUGACAUCAUGCUCAUUAAAUUAAAAGAGGAUGUAUCUGCUAAACUCCCCACUAUCGAUUUACCUCCUGUUGAGUGUAGCAGACCAGAUAAGGGUCAGCAGGUCCAGAUCGGAGGCUGGGGAUACAAGAAACAGGACAAAAUCCCCAGCAGUCUGAAGUGUGCCAACACACAAGUGACUGACUGUGGUGAGGAGGAUAAACCUGAUAGCAAAUACCACAGUGAUGAAACUACCACCAUGUGUGCCUUUAAAGCCGGCGUGGAGUCCUGCUUUGGUGACGCAGGUUCGGCUGUGGAGUAUAACAAUGUUUUACACGGGAUUAUUGUCAGCGACCCCCCUGAUAAGUGUGCAAACACAAUUGUAAUGUUGGAUAUCUGUCGCUACAGGGAGUGGAUUGAGAAAACCCUGCGGGAAAAGUGAGAGUAAGGCUUGGAGGUUAAUACAGAAAUCACACAUGUACUUAAAAUAUCUCCUAUCUUUUCAUUUAUUAUCAUAAUCACCUGCCUUAUUAACCUCAUUUCAUGUUAAAGUAGUUUGUUUUGGAAUAAAACUGAAAUGAUUAGGAGUGAAUUCCAAUUUGGUUACACUGGUUUAGUACUUUACAUUAGGCGUGUAAAAGGAAAUGUAUUUUACUACCUUCCGAUUGUGGGUUAUAUUAGAGUACUCAUUUUCUUCUAUGAAUAAAAAUGUGUGACCUCCA